AACAAAACGAAGAAGAAGAAGUUCCAGCAGCGUGUGUAGUGUGAUCCUGAUCCUGCGACUCUGUAAGACAGUCAUGUCCACUGUCCUGAUGAAAGUGUUGGUGUCUCAGUGCCAGGACACGGAGCGCGCGCUGGACAUGUUAUGCUGGCCGAGUUGCUCAUGGCCGGAAUUGGACAGGGUUGAAGCUCUCAGGUUAUUUCUUGGAGAGCUUGUCCUCAAAUCGCACUCCAGCGGUUUUAAUGGGUUUAAGACCAAAGAAGGUUUUAAGAGUAAAGUGCAGUCAGUGAUCUGGGACCAGUGUGUGCCACUUUUAAAAAUGAUUUCAAGUGAAAAUAGCACACAGAGUGGUAAGAGGAAGGAGAUGCUCCAUGCCACUUGUGCAGUUCUUAUGAUAUGUGUAAAGAGUGUCAGACAGAAACCCUGGACAAAAUAACAAGUUUAGUUUUUCCUGCCUUGUCAGAAAGUAAAGAAACACAAGCUGACACACUGCAACUAGAUACUGAUGUGGCCAUUGAGGUUCUGGCAGUGUUACUCUCAGCUGCUUCCUCCAGUUCUGACUUAACUAAAACAUCACUGUCUUGUACCCUUCUUAGUGUCAAGGAACUUUCUGAGACUUGGGUCUCCAAAAUUAUUGUCCGUGUCUGGUUCACAUGUCUUAACUCAGCGAGCAAAGAAAUGCAAGCGGAAAUCCUCUGUUACAUUUGGGGGGAUUUACUUGAAUGGUUUGAGCAGGAGGGCACAGAAUUGGCAACCGAACGCCUUCUGUUAUGCCUUACUGCUCUUUCUGACUUCCUGUUCUCUUUGGAACAAAAGGGACCAGAAAUGUCUCAUACUUUUUUCAAAGUGGUCCAAGCUGGACUUGUACACAAGGACAACUUGGCCCGCAAGAGAGCUCUUUAUCUGCUAAACAGAUGUCUCUCUCUGGCAGAGGCACGCCAUGCAGAUGUUCAUAUCUGUGAGACAGAAGAUUUUUUCUUCAACUGGACAGCAGAGCACAAAUUAGUUCUUCGUGAGUUUUGGGAAGCCUAUACCCUGGUCCUGGAAACUCUUGAGGAAUACCAGAUCCACGUGAUACGACCUGUACUAAGCCGAAUAGACAUGCUCGUCAAGCCUACUUCAGCAGAUACUCAGGGAGGUGGACUGAUCCAUCCAUCCUGGUUACUGUGUGUCUAUCAGCGCAUGUUCCACAGUGAAAACAAGGCUGUAAUAAAGGAGGGUGUCACUCAUCUGUUGGGGCUACAAACGCUUCAGCAUCCUUCUUUUGCCAUUGCGUUUUCCCAGUUUGUUGUAGGUCCCUUCAUGGAUGUCCUAGCUGAGACCUCGCUGUAUCACAGAUCUGCUGAACAAGCCAUUGGAGAAUGUCCAGAACUAGGGCUGAAACUGCAGAGGUUCUUGGCAAUGUUCUUCAGCAGUUUGCCUGAGGACAGACAAGGAUCAGUGUUGCUGCAGAUGCUCAAACAUUUGAGCAGUCAAAGGUGGUAUUCUAUCCCUUUGCUGUUCCUCUCUCAAGCCCUGUCCUGCUUGUCACCUCGCCCUCUUCUGAAAGCUGAUGGACUCCAAAUACUCAGAGAGGUGCUUGGCUGCAGUAUAGUCCACCACCACAUUCUACUAAGAGGAGCCACCCAGUGCUUUCUGCUUCACACUGUUCUCCACCUGGCUGAUGUGUCAGGGGUGUCCCUCAAUGAAAUAUUUGCUUUACUUGCACAUUUUCGAGCUGAGGAAUCUCUGUGCCCGGGGACCCCAAUUUGGGAAAAGCUCUGUGAUUGGUUUCUGGCUAACGAGGGACAUUUUCUGCCUGCUUCGACUUCCACCAGUGAUUCCCCAAAGAAAGUCUCAGUGCAUAGCUACCAGUCUUUAAAAGUCUUCCUGACCACAUCGUCCAGUGCAGAUCAGGCAAACCAGCUACCCGUAGUAGGCGAGGCGGAAGUGUUAGCUCGCACCCUUCUCCUCUCUGCAGACUUGGAAUGGAAGAGAAAAGAGAAGCAGAGUUCUGAGGACAUGACACUGGAACAGCUUUUCUGCCCUUUACUUGAUAUCCUGCACCGGCUCAACACCAGCGUUUACUUGCCUCUGGGCAAAACUGACAAGAGUCUCCAGCUCAUGUUAAGGCUUCUGGUGCUAAUUGACAAAAAUAGGGAGAAUGGAGGUAAGAUGGCAGGUGCCCUGACACAGCUGCUGUUGGACGUGACAGAACCAGUCCAAGAGUACAUACUAAGAAGGCUGAAUGGAGACCUACAGGAGUUUUCCGAUAUAGGCAGGGCACAUCUGUAUCUGUCUCUUCUACGGGUGCUGAUAAGAACCUACAACAAAGUGCCAGGCUACAGGUGUAACUUGCAGAAAAACUAUGUGUCCAGACUCACUACCAACUGUCUGAGAUUUCUCAGUGAACCAUCUGACGAGAAUCCAUCCAUUUCUGGACAGGUACAAAAAGCGGUUAGCAUGGCAACAUUAGCCUUGCUAUGUGAGCUGGCUGAACAGUGUGUGUUUGACUCCCAGUCGGAGGCUAUGAGAUCACUUUGCUCCCUCACCGCCUAUUUCUGUCCAUCUUCAUCCUCUUCAUCCAUGCCUCUGUUCUUCAAUCAGACCUUACUGAAGCCUUCCUCUACAGUGGAUAUCUCUGGCUGUACAUAUGGUGACCCACUACUAAGAGACUGGAACAGAGUGGUGGCUUACUUCCUCAGAGACCAGUGGACAUGCAUCAGUUUUCUUCAGAAGUUUUCUGAGAUCCCUAGAGCUACGGAGGCAUUUCAGGCUGCUGUUGAAGCUCUUUCCCUGUUGCCAAGUGAUUUGGUUCUGCCUGUACUGGACUUUAUGUGUGCGGCUUUACCACAGGUCCUACAUAAGGAAGCCUUAUGUCUUCAGGCAGUCUCUGUGUCCUGGAAGCUGGUACAUGCCUUAAGUACAAAUGCUCAUGAUUUCUGGCCUGCCCUGCGUGCUUUUGUACGCUUGGCCUUCCAUCACAGCUUGCUUGAGCUGCAGGGUGACCAAAACCACAAAAUAACUGCCUGCAUCCAAAAGGUUACACAUGAGCUGAUUGAGCUCUCCCAGGCUAAGUUUGGAGUUUUUAAUGUGCUCAUUGAGCACUGCUGCAACACCUGGCUUCCCUCUGACCCUAACAACCAGACAGACACAGCUUUCGAGAGUGCCUUAAAUCACUUGGACAUACUGAUUGAGGCUUGCAUCCAUGGGCCGCUCUACAGAAAAGAUCAAAGACUCCUUCAAGAGGUUCAGACUUAUGUCAAACAGCUCGGGGAUGAGAUUGCAGCAAAUGUAGUGAUUAACAGUUGGAGCAGGGACGAUCAGUUUCCACGUUUGUGCAUAUUGGCCUUUCUGAGUCGUCUCGAACCCUCCAAUAGUCUACAUCAGAGGCUGAUGGAAAAACUAGUGCAGUGGUUAAUCAAAAAGGAUAAGGAGAUAUCAAGGUCAAAGAUCCGUUAUUAUAAUAACUCUAUGCAGCACAGAGUGAAGAAUAGAGUUUGGCAAACAUUGCUGCUCCUGCUGCCCAAGCUGAAGCCGGAGUUUGUGGUGGAGAAUGUGUUUGGCCUGGUGUGUGAGGCCGGCUUUGGCAACAACCAGCCUUCCGUCAAGUACUUGAUUGAGUGGGCCCUGAUUCUGAUCCUCCACCAGAACCCCUCUCAAAUUCAGCAUCUCUGGGAUUGUUUUGAUGUGGAUCAAGAGAAAACCAAGACAAGCAUCUGUACAUUCCUUUCUGUCUUGGUGCACCUGGGCAUCCUGCUCCCUAAACUACAGGAUAAGGCAAGGCAGUGGCAGAAGGCUCUAGAGGUGAUUUUGCUUUGGUGUUUCAGUCAUAACUUUACAGUCCGUCUUUAUGCAUUUCUGGCACUGAAAAGAGUGUGGGGUUUGGAGGGAGCACGUCACCUGGCUGCAAAAGAACAGUGCAGUUCAGCCUCCCUGAAGGGACUAGCUACAGUUGUUGAGGCGUGCCUACAUCAAGCCGAGGUCUUGCAGAGUACUGGCAAUGCCGUAAAGAACUGGUCCAGAAUCCAGGAGCAUUUUUUCUUCAGUGCUUUUCAUCCUAUAAACGAUUAUAGUGUAGAGACAAUUUUCCAAACAUUUCCUGUUCUGUCAGAACUGGCAGAGGAUGAGUGCAUUCCGAUGUGGAAGUUUGAGAAGCUGGUGGACUUUGAGCACAGUUCCUUUGUGCCUUUGAAAAAUGCAGGCAGAGAGCUGAGCGAGCUGAAGCCUAGUGACUGGGUUCAGCAGGAUAGAGGUGAGCUGGAACAAGAAGAGCGCUGGGCAGAUGUACAGAAAAAGAUUGCCCCUUGGAGUCUGAACGUGCAGGAGGUGGAGCCACACCUUGUGACCCAGCAGAGAGUAGCACGUCUGGGCAAACCUACCACUGCCCUCCUGGUGGUCGGCUCCCUUAUUGACAAGCCCACAAACCUGGGUGGUCUUUGCCGAACUUGUGAAAUCUUUGGAGCCAGUGCUCUAGUGCUGGGAAGCCUGCAUCAUGUUGGUGACAAACAAUUCCAAGCCUUGAGUGUUUCUUCUGAGCUAUGGCUUCCAUUGAUGGAGGUGAAGCCCAUGGAGCUGGCAGGCUUCUUGCAGCUAAAACAAAGAGAAGGUUACAGCAUCAUAGGUGUAGAACAGACAGCCAACAGCCAGAGUUUGCAAAGUUAUAGAUUUCCAGAGAAGACCCUCCUGCUGUUAGGGAAUGAACGAGAGGGUAUUCCUGCUGAUCUCCUGCAGUUGUUGGACGUAUGUGUGGAGAUUCCUCAGCAGGGAGUGACACGUUCUCUCAACGUGCAUGUUAGUGCUGCUCUACUGGUGUGGGAAUACACCAGACAGCACCUAAGUACUGACCAGUCUCUCUAAAAGCUCAGCUGUGAAAUUGCACAUUUAUGUUCCUAGUCCUGAAACGCGUACCUGAAACUAUUAGCCAUACAGUAUAUGGAAAAAGUUUGUGGACACCUGAGCAUAAGUUUGGUAUGUACGUUCCAUUUUACAUUUAAUCCCCAUUUGCUCCACUUUUCUGGGGAGAUGUUUUAGGUUUAGGAGUGUGGAGUAUGGAGAUUUGUGCUCAUGUAGUCUCUAUAGAAGGCCACUCCAGAUCUUACACUCCAACCCAUGCAAAGCAUAUCUUCAUGGAGCACAGGGGCAUUGCCAUGCUGGAAGAGGUUUGGCUCUCCUAGUUGAAGUGAAUGGAAAAUUUAAUGCUACAGCAUCCAAACACAUACAUACGAUUGUGUCCCUCUAACUUUAAGGUAACUAUUUGAGGAAGAGCCACAUAUAGCUGUAAAAGUCAGGUGUCCCAAUACUUUUGUCUAUAUAGUGUAUAUUAAGGAUAAGUGGAAAGUGUAAAUUACACAGAAAUACUGCAAAAUAUAUUUCUUACAUCAAUUUUUGACUGCCUUUUAAGUUUAAUAAAGAUUUUUCUAUAAAUCAA